AUGCAAACAAAUCCUAAUUGUCCAUAACCAGAAGCUUAAUAUUUAGAUAAUUAUGAAAAUUUUGAAGAAAUAACCAAAACGUUUAAAUGUCUUCAAAAUAUUCAUCAGCCACUUGAACCAGAAGCAACUUACUUUUUGAUACGUGCUCCAACUAAAGAUAAUGUUCACCGUGCUAUUAAAUACGGCAUCUGGACUAGGUAGCUAUUCUAUAAAAUCCUUAGUUCGAGUCGUAAUAAUUAGAAAUUAAAUGAUGCAUCUCGUCCGGUUUAUUUAUUAUUUAAUGUUACUCAAACAUCUCAUUUUAUUGGAUUGGCUAAAAUUGUCAGUUAUUUUAGAGAAACUAAGCAUUUCAUAUAUUGGGCAGAAGAGAAUAAAUGGUUUGGGUCUUUUCAAAUUGAAUGGGUAAUAAUCUAAUAGACAAAAGGUUUUUGUAAGAGAUUUACCAUAUAAUGAAUUAAGUUCAAUUCAAUAAUCAAGUGGAAAAUGCAUUCAUGAAUUAAUUGAUUGUACUUAAAUUGAGAAUGGUGAUUUAAUCUAUUCUGCCUUCGAAAAAUAACCCUAAAAAAGUUGCAUGUUGAAGGCUUUCAAAGAAUUGGAUAAUUCAGAAGUAUUUAUUAAUAUCUAAUUUUUUAAGUAAAGAAAGAGAAAUGAAAGAGACUCCAAUUCAAAUUUUGCUAUUUAGUUUUAAGAAUAUAUCAGUGUCUUUGAAUCAAUGCCGUUCACUUUCUCUGUAGCUUCUUAUUAAAGAAGGAAACAGUAAUAGUUUUAAAAUCAAUAUUAUUAAUAAUGUGCGUAUUAUUACUAAAGUCCUUGGAGUGGAGUUGGUAUAUUUUACUAUAAUUAUAGCCUAACCUUCAUUUUGGAAUUAAUAACAGCUAUAAUAACAACCCUUACAAAUAUAGUAAUAAUAGCAAUAAUAAUAGUAAUAAUCAUAAUAAUCUUUCAAUAAUCCUGGGUUUUAUUAAACAUCCAAUUACAAUAGACCUCAAGCAUAAAAUCAGCAAAACAAUAAAUAACCCAAGAAAUUAUUAAAUCAUAAAAAUAAUAAUUAGCAGAGUCCAAAAAAAUAAUGA